UGUAAGGCCAAAGAAGAGCAGGUUCCAAAUUAAUUAGGUCUUCAUAGUAGCAAUAGACACCCAUUCCUUACCAGUCACCAGAAAUGAAGGAGAAUUCCUUGGAUUUUUGUCUUCCUCUAGUAAGAGCAAACUCCUGAUUUCAUGUUCACCAAAAAACAAGCCCACCCUUUUAGAGAUAGCACCAAAAACAAGAAAAGAAAGUAAAAAUUCUUUGGAACAAACAAAGAACUUUGAGAAAAAAAAAAAGACAAACUAAAUUUGUUGUGAUUAUAUCUCAAUCUUUUUACUUUCAGAAUGUCAAAUAUCACAGGUGAUGAAGGUAGCUUUUCUUCAGGUAAUACUGGAGAUGAAGUACAACAACUUCAAGAAACGCAGCAAGAACAACACCUGCAGCUUCAAAAUCACUUCCAUGGUUCUAAUAAUUCUGCUGCUACUAACAGCAAUGGCUCUACCUCUCAAGAACAACAACCGCAAACAGUCAAGAAGAAAAGAAAUCUACCAGGAACUCCAGAUCCUAAUGCAGAAGUUAUUGCUCUAUCACCAACAACACUUAUGGCAACAAAUCGGUUUGUGUGUGAGAUAUGCAACAAAGGGUUUCAGAGGGACCAAAACCUGCAAUUGCAUAGGAGAGGUCAUAACCUUCCAUGGAAGCUCAGGCAGAGAACUACCACAGAGGUAAGAAAAAGAGUGUACAUAUGCCCUGAACCAACUUGUGUUCACCACAACCCAGCUCGUGCAUUGGGAGAUUUAACAGGCAUUAAGAAGCAUUUUAGCCGAAAACAUGGUGAAAAGAAAUGGAAAUGUGACAAAUGCUCCAAAAAAUAUGCAGUGCAAUCUGAUUGGAAAGCUCAUCAAAAGACUUGUGGUACAAGAGAAUAUAAAUGCGAUUGUGGUACCAUAUUUUCCAGAAGAGAUAGCUUCAUUACGCAUAGAGCUUUUUGCGAUGCAUUAGCUGAAGAAAACAACGAAGUAAACCAGCAAGGACUAAUGGGUAAUACAGGAUCCAACUUGCAAACCCAAAUGCCUGAUCUUAUGUCCUCCUUGCCUUUAACGACUAAUGCAAACAAUAAUACACCAAUUGGAAUAUCAGAUUUCAAUAGCUUUGAGCCUAAAAACCCUCUCAAGUCUCUUCCUCAAGAACUUGUGCCAAUGCCAUUCAAGUCCACGAACAUGGGAGCUGGAGGAGGUAUGUUUUCUUCUAGUUCAGGUACUCUCUUCGCCGGUCCGAGAAGCAUUUCCUCAACUUCUUCUAGUCUGCAGCUAAGCUCAAAUAGCUCAUCUGGGUAUAAUUAUAUGCAAGAAGGGAAAAAUGGGUGUCAAAUUUCAGGGUCAGCUCAUAUGUCAGCAACAGCAUUGUUGCAAAAGGCAGCACAAAUGGGUGCUACUGCUAGUAACAGUACCAUGAACUCUCCUAUGAUGCAAAAAAGCUUUGCAAGUAGCAUGACGGCGGGUCCUGAGCAAAUAUCCUCUAUAAGACCUCCACAAUCUUAUGGUCAUCUGCAGCAGCAGCAGCAGCAUGGCGCCACCUCGUCAUACGAUCAUCAUCACCAUCACUUCUUAUCGCAGCCUGAUCAUCAAAAUCAAGCAAACAUGGUUGGAAUCAAUAAUAUGAGCAGUGGAGGAUUUAAUGAUAAUAACCAAACAAUGCAAAAGAGCCCACAAGAUAUGUCACAAUAUUUUGAAACUAAUAGUACGAGCAGUGCCAUGGCUAGCUCAGGCAUGAAUAAUAUGGGAAUUUUUAGUGGUAUGUUCAUCGGAACUGACCAAAAUCCAGGGUUUAUGAAAGGCAUAGAACAUGAAGAUAGUAGUGGCAGUAACACUUUGAUUCAUGGAAGAGCUGUUAAUACAGGACCGUCAAGAUUCGUUGGGAGUAAUGGUGAAGGUGUUCAUGAUAUGAUGACUCGUGAUUUUAUGGGGAUUGGAGGGUCAAGACCAGUAAAUUUGCAUGAACAACAGCAACAACAGAGACUGGAAAUGGAAGCAAUGAACCAGCAGCAACAACAACAGAGAAUGCCAAUGAUGAAUCAUUUUCAACAACAGAUUUCACUUGGGGAAUCAGCUAUGGAGAAACCCAUUUGGGAUGUAUGAAUUUGCAUUUUUUUUUAAAAAAAAUUAACUAUGUGGGCUUGGGUCUUUUGUCUUUUCCCUUCCAGCAGGCCCAUUACCUACCCUUCUGCUAUUGGAAAUUUCUUGUCAAAGCCACAAACAAGAAAAUGGGCCUGCUGGAAGGGAAAAGACUAAAGACCCAUUUAGGCAAUGCCUAGAAUUGCAAGCCUUUGUUCUUUUAAAAUUAACUAUGUGGGCUUGGGCCUGGCCUAUUGAGUAUUGCCCUUCCUAUUGCUUGAAUAAGCUUGUUUAUAAGUAAAAGCUUCAUUUUUCUUUCCUUUUU